AUGUGGCAGCGGCUGGUGGACGCCGGGGCCGACGCCGGCGCCAAGGACAACCGCGGCCGCACCGCCGACUACUACCUGGAGAAGUCGGACGAGCUUCGGUUGCCCAACUCGCCGCAGCACCCUGCCGAGUCGCGGGGCAAAACUACUGACAGCCUGGUGGUGAAGCCGGCCAACAUCCGCAUCUGGAUCCACGACCGCGACAUGGCCAAGCUGCAGCAGCUGCUGUGGGAGGGCCACGGCGCGCGACUCCGCAACCAGACCAGCAAGUACCCCAUCGUCAAGCGCUUCCUGGAGGGCGUGCCGUUCGUCAUGGGCGCCAUCAAGGACGUGCACGCCGCGGCCGUCAGCGGCGACGUGGACGCCUUCGUGAAGCGGUCCGCGGACCCCGUGCCCAAGGACAUCCUCACCAGCAAGGACUCGAACGGGCUGACGCCACUGCACAAGGCCGCGGGGCUGGGCCACGGCGCCAUCGUGGACGAGAUCCUCCAGCGCGCCCCGAACGCCGCGUCCGUCACGGACUCGGAGGGCCGCACCGCGCUGCACUACGCCGCGCUCCCCAAGGACGGCGGCGAGGUGUACAACAAGAUCGUGCGCGCGGGCGCGGACGAGCUGGCCCAGGACCACCUCGGUCGCACCGCCGAGCACUACAGGAGCAAGCCCAGCGACAUCGACGCGGCCCUGCUGCGGGUGGUGCCCGACGCGCCGCGGACGUCCGCCAUCUACCCCCCGGGCUGGGACUGGAACGUCAUCAGCGACCCGACGGCAAGGGUGACGAACGGCCGCCGGGUGUACGAGAACGGCGACAGCGAGAGUGCCAGUUCGAGAGACAACGAGGACGUUGUCACGCCGCAGGGCAGUGCGGAGGGGGGCGACGCCCCCAGUGAGGAUCAGGGCGGGGGGGAGGUCAACGGCCAGGAUGGCGACGAAGCUGCGGCCGAGGACGCGGCGCCCACGGAGGCGGCCGCGGCCUCGGCCGACCUUUUAGAGUCCGCUGGCGAAGUCGCUGAGGCUGCCGUCGAGGCCGCCGAGACUGCAGCUGCCGAGGCCGCAGAGACUGCAUCUGCCGAGGCCGUAGAGACCGCAUCUGCCGAGGCCGCUGACGACGGGGAUGGAGCGGCAGAGGCCGCCGCGGCUGCUGAAUCUGUUUCUGAGGACGCGGACGCCCCCGCCGAAGCCGCUGGCGAUGCCGAAGUUAGCGAGGUAGGCGGUGGCGAUGGCGAAGGCGGGGUUGAGGUGGAGGACAACGGCGAGGUAGGUGGCGAGGACCCAGAGCCGGAGGAGGGCGGCGAAGAGAGGGACGAGGACGCCGAGGAGGUCGUCGUGGAGAUUAGGCAGGAAGAGCAGCAACCCGAAGCCUCAGACGAGCAACCGGAGGGGGAAGCUUCUGAGGAACAACCUGAAGGAGAAGCUUCUGAGGAACAACCGGAAGGGGAAGCUUCUGAGGAACAACCGGAAGGAGAAGCUUCUGAGGAACAACCGGAAGGGGAAACUUCUGAGGAACAACCUGAAGGAGAAGCCUCUGAGGAACAACCGGAAGGAGAAGCUUCUGAGGAACAACCGGAAGGAGAAGCUUCAGAAGAUCAACCAGAAGGUGAUACCCCAGAAGAAGCCUCAAGGGAACAACCUGAAGCGGAUGACCCGCAAGCUAGUCCGCAAGGGGAACCUGAAGGGGAAGCCUCGGAGGAACAACCGGAAGGGGAAGCCUCAGAAGAACAACCGGAAGCGGAAGUAGAGGCAACCAAUGAGGAGGUGUCUCAGGACGAACGCAGCGCCGCCCCAGCUGAAGAGGCCGCGGGCGACGACGGGGAGUCCGGAGACGUCCCUGGAGAAAAAGAAGAUGGGGACGGUGACGGAGGGGAAGACGGCGGGGAGGGUGGUGAUGAGACUGGUGCGGGUGGUGGUGACGGCGACGCAGCGGACGGUGCCGGCGAUCAGGCCGACGAUGAGGCCCAGGACGGCGCUGACGGGGGCUCCGAGGCCGCCGCCGACGCCCCGUCGGACGAGCCGACCGCGGAGGAGAUCGCGACGGUGUCGCUGCUAGCGCCGGGGGUGCACCGCCGCCGCCAGCGCUUGGCGCGCAUCGUCAAGGCCAUCACCAUGCAGAUAUACAUGGUGGAGCGCGCGGCGGCGCGGCGGGAGGUGGACGCGACGGCGCCCAAGCGCGAGUCGCUGGCGCGCGCGCGGGCCCGCUGCCUGUGGCGGCUCGCCGACGUGGUGGUGGUGCGCACGCUGCGCUGGAUGCGGCAGGGCUGCCCGCUCGAGGCAGACACCGACGCGGCCGACGAGGUGGCCGAGGUCAUGGAGGACGCGGAGCAGCUGCUGGCCGUGUACUUCCCCGGCCACGGCGAUUGGCGGCUGGACCGCGCGCGCUACAUGUGGUCCCUGCUGCGCAAGGAGGUGUUGGACAUGUCCGACCGCACGAGUGACUUAAGCGACCCGAGCGACGGCCUUGCCGACGUCCGCGACGGCAGCGCGAACCUGCACUGGGCCAAGCUGCGCCGGCAUCUCGCCGAGGUGCUGGUCUUGGGUGGCCGCGGCGAGGACGGCGACGACUCAGGGUAUGUAACCACCCGCAUCAAGACCGUGUUCACCUAUGUGUAG